AUGCGCGCGGCAGGGGAAGGCGACGCCGCUUCAUCCUUCCAGCUCGUCGCGGCCGUCGGCAACCAGGCCCCGCCGGCGCCUCCAGGCGCCGCCGACGUGGCGCUGUGGCGCGCCGCCCCCGUCGCUUUCGUGUCUGACUCCGGCGGCUGCGAGGCGAUGCUGCGGCGCCUGCGCGGCUGCCCGCUCCUCGGUUUUGCCAUGCAACUGCAAUACACAGCGGCCGACUCCGGGGAGCUGCGGCCGGCGCUGUUGCAGAUCGCGGCGCCUCCGCGGCCACGCGCGGCCGGGGCCGGCGGCGGGGGCGCGCAGGCGGUGGUGUACGUCAUCGAUGCGCUGCAGGCGGCGGCGGCGGCGGCGCUGGCGCCCGGCGGUGGGCUAAAGGCUUUGCUGGAGGACAACCGAGUGAUCAAGGCCAUGCGUGGCUCCAUCCAGGUGGACGCCGUGCUGCAGCUUGGAGUCGGUAUUCGCCUGGCCGGAGCCUUUGACGUUCAGUGGGCUGCCAUGACCCUCCGCAGCCACACUGCCAACUCCGCCGCGGCCGCGGACAGCGGCGCGGCCGCGCUGGGGGCGCUGUGCGCGGAGUGGGGCUUGCCGCACCCCUGGGAUGGCGAGGCCGCGCCUGUGCUCGAUGGUGACGACGAAAGGCCAUGGCUGCGCCGCCCGCCAUCACGCACUCUAAUUGACGCCGCCGCCGAGCACGUGCGCUACCUGGUGCCGCUCGCCACCCGCCUGCGCGAGCGCUGCGUUGCGGCGGCGAACCCCCUCCUGAACGCCGCGCACGCGCGCGCCGCGGGCGGGGCCCCGCCGCCCGCGCCCGCGGCGGCGGGGGGCCUCGCCGCGGCGCUCGGCGGGGGCGGCAGGGCGGCUAAGUAA